GCUUAGAGGAGCUUUAGAAUCUCUUGAGGAUGAUGCUUACAUAGAAAAUGAUUUAGAUGAUGCUCUUAACGCUGAAGAAUUACCUGAAGAACAAGAGGAUUAUGAAGAAGGAAAGGCUGAAGAGAGUAAUUGGCAAAUAGAGUUCAAAAAAAAGGAUAUUAAUAAAGAAUAUGAUGAUGAUAGAGAUCAAGAACUCCUGGCAACUAUUCUAU